CGUGCCGCGGUUGCUCUCGCUGUUGUGUUUAUUUGUGUUGCGAAGUCGGUCCAUGCUGUCAGUGUGCGGUGUAAUUUGUUCGGAAUGGCUAAGGUAACAGUGAUUUUAGGAGCUCAGUGGGGCGAUGAAGGCAAAGGGAAAGUCGUGGACAUGCUUGCCGGUGAAGCAGAUUUAGUUUGCCGAUGCCAGGGUGGCAACAAUGCCGGUCACACUGUCGUUGUGGACAAGACAGAGUAUGAUUUUCACCUGCUGCCCAGUGGAAUCAUUAAUCCUAAGUGUAAAUCAAUCAUCGGAAACGGUGUUGUUGUCCACUUACCCGGUUUAUUUGAUGAGGUUAAAAAGAAUGAAGAUAAAGGUCUUACAGGAUGGAAAGAUAGGCUGUUAAUCUCAGAUCGAGCUCAUCUUGUUUUUGAUUUUCAUCAACAAGUUGAUGGCUUACAAGAACAAGAGAAAGGCCACCGGUCUCUGGGAACAACUAAAAAAGGUAUAGGCCCUGCAUACGCCUCAAAAGCCACCAGAAAUGGAAUCAGAGUAGCGGAUCUUCUAGAGGAUUUUGACGCUUUUGCUGACAAGUUUCGGACGAUUGUUGCAUCAUAUCAAAGAAUGUUUCCAACUCUUAGUGUAGAUAUUGAUGCUGAGCUGGGACGAUAUAAAAAAUACGCUGAACAAAUACGGCCUCUAGUUAUCGAAACUGUGUCUUACAUUCAUAGUUCUCUUCAGAAAGGAAAAAAUGUCCUUGUAGAAGGGGCCAAUGCUGCGAUGUUAGAUAUAGAUUUUGGUACCUACCCAUACGUAACGUCUUCCAAUUGUAGUAUUGGAGGUGUCUGCACUGGCUUAGGUUUACCACCGUCGACCAUUGGUGAAGUAAUCGGUGUUGUUAAAGCGUACACCACACGAGUUGGUGAUGGCCCAUUUCCCACCGAACUCAAAGACGAAAUAGGAGAAAAGCUACAGACCAUUGGUGCUGAAUUUGGUGUAACGACAAAGCGGAAAAGGAGAUGUGGAUGGCUAGACAUUCCAUUAUUACAGUACACCAGCAUGGUUAAUGGUUACACCAAACUCUGCCUAACAAAAUUAGACGUUUUGGAUACAUUCAAGGAAAUCCGUAUUGGUGUUGUUUAUAUGAAGGGAGAGCAACCUCUGGAAUAUUUUCCAUCUAGUGUCUCAGAGCUUCAGAACAUUCGAGUUGAGUAUCUAACCCUGCCUGGAUGGGAGACUAGUAUAGAGAACGUAAGAAAGUAUGAUGAUCUUCCUGCUAAUGCAAAACGAUAUGUAGAAACAAUUCAAGGAUUGAUGCAAGUUUCAAUAAAAUGGAUCGGAGUGGGAAAAGGCCGUGAGUCAAUCAUAAGUGUUCCUUGAGUUCAUCUCUCAAUAAUCAUCCAUAAAAUCAGCUCUUUUUGAGUGUUUUACCUAAAUCUGUAUGUAUAAGGUCUCAGUCCUGUAUAUUUUCCAUAGAUUAAGUCUCUAGGUUUAAGAUAAGCAUCUCGUUCAAUGUGUAAUGUAAAUUGGCAAAUCAGCCCAGAGCAUUGUGUGUAUUACAUUGAUUCUGCUUUGAGGAGCAAUGUUUUUAAAAUACGUAUGAAUAGUUAUUCUGGGAGAUGCACCACAUCGUUCAUAUCAAUCUAUCGGUAAAAAGCGGAGAAUCAAUCGUAAGUAUUCCGAAAAAUCAUUUUCUCAGGGAAGGCGGCUUAAUUAAUUUUUUUGGCUUUUUUGAAAGUAGAUAGCUGCCCAUAUCACUUUAGCUUACCUCCAAAGUCAGACAGCAAAAGAAGCCUCUGUUUUUGAAGCUGGUGUAGGUUUUUUUCUUCAAUAACUGUAAAAUCACGGAGUUAAUGAAAAGAGAUCUUAAAAACAGAUCUCUGAAAGAUAAAGUCUGCAAUCACCUCAUCGGCACAGAUUUUGUAAAUUUCCUUCCAUUUCUCUCCACAUCUUUCAAUUUAUUGAUUUUAUUUUUCCCUGAGUAAUAUAAAUAUCAUCUACAUAAAAUGCAUCACAAUAAUUUUUUAUUAAAUCGUACAUGGAAGGUUUAUUGUAAGCUGCUUCUCUCGACCCUAAUUUUGGUCCAGAUGUAUUACUGCAGUCAGUUUUUUAAGUUUUGACCCAUUUCAAGUGAAGAAAAUAUAGAAAAUUAACUUUAAAGAUACGGCUUCCCUUAGAGAACAGUCUGGAGUUCUUCAUUCUCAAUUUCCACUCAUUUUAUUUUAUUUUUUUUAUUCAUUGGAAAGAAUAGCGUGCAAAAUACAUUUUGAAUCAGACUGCAUUAAACACUACAGUUAAGGCAAUGGUUUAUGAUACUGGUAAAUUAGAUUAAUAGAUUAUCAAAUGUUAAUUUUUAAUUUGGAUUCUAAUUUUUUAUGUUAAAUCCUUGAAUGGAACUAAGAAAAAAGAAGAAAAUAGUGUCCAGUUUGGAAGCGUUUACCAGUAAUAUUAUUAGAGAUAGUGUUGCGAUAAUCAAAUGUAAGAUGAUGAUAAUCAGCAUUCAUACUCAGCAAGUUCAAUGGUCUUUUCUAUCGUUUUGAUAUUGAUUAUCAAUGCACACUUUGGCUAAAAUUUUAGCCCAUUUUGCCUUAUUAUUAAAUUCAGCUGAAUGAUGUGCGAAAUAGUGGUCAAACCAAAAUUGGCAAACAUCACCUUUUUUUCUCUCCUUCUCUCCCUUUCAACAUCCUUAAAGUCAGGUUGAUUGAUAAUAAUUUUAUAUGAACCAAUAUCAUUUACCGGUGUGACAAUAGAAUUUAGCAUUAAUACACAAUUCAAUUUUAAGUACUACAGGAAAUUAGAAAAAGCUUGAUGAGUGUAUGAGUAGAAUUGCUAAGUACUUUAGUUUUCUACUCUCUGUGACGGUGCGUUUAGUGAAUUAUUACGCUUUAAUUUUUGGUGCUCUCAGGUUCAGUCUUAGGUUUCGGUACUAAUAAUGGAGAUUUCAGUAAUUACUUGUAUGUGUAUGCACUUUAAAUUUAAGCUGUGGCUGUGUAUCUACGGAAGGCAAAAUUUAAGUUAUUGUAACAAUCAGUUUCAUACUUAAUGGGAAUUCAAUUGAUUUCUAAUCUGCUAAAACUUAUGAUGAAUGUUCAAGCAGGAUUGUUUUUUUUAUUCUUCAAGGGGGAUUUACCAUACAUUUUUGGCCACUCACCAAGCUUUCAGCUGGUCAGUAUCAAGUUUUACAGAAAGUUUGUUUUCAUACUUGCACUGUAAUAUUGAUGUUUACUUUAAUUUUAAUUUUAAUAACAAUGUAACAUUUUUAUUUUUGGACACUAAAAUUUAUAGUUUGGUCUUGUAUCUGGUUUUUCCUUUGCAAACUGGUUUGACAAAGAUUGUGUGUAGCCAGAAAGAACUAAUUUUUACAAGAAACAAAGGAUCUACUUAUCAUUUUGUCUGUAAAUUUUACCACCAAAGGCAGCAUGAAUCAAUCCAUAUAUUUCUCUGGAGUUCUUGUUACUUCCUGUGGAGGUAGUUCCUCGAUUUUCUAUGUAGGGUGUCAGCUGGUUCAAUUACUCCCAUAAUUUUAUCACAGUUUUCUAAAUUGAAUGUGCAGUUGAUAGAGGGAUUUACUUUUCAAAUGAAUCGUGUGGGUACCAAUUUAAGUAUUUAUUCUCUUAGAAUCGAGUUUUACCAUUUUUGUUGAGUGCCACUUUUCGCUUUACAGUGGUUUAAUCCCCUUAUUUUUUUAAUUUUAUUUUUAUGGAUCAUUGAGUAGUUUUUAAUUGAAUUCUUGUAAGAAAGAUAUUUUUCGUCUCUGAAAGUUUCAUACAUACCUUAAGUUAUUGUGUUUUUUAGGUUUUGCUGAUGCGAUAAAAAUGUCAGCCCGCACAACAAUUGUUUUACUCAUGUAAGAGCUUGAUGAAUAAAUUCUGUUUACUGUCAAAA